UAUUACGCUUUCAAGUGGAACCUUGUUGAGUAUGCAAUAUUUAACCCCAAAUUAUGAAAAGGAAAUCCGGUAAAAAUCAGACAGAACUCGGAGAUAAGUUUACAAAAAUGAGAAACAUCGAUAUUGAGCGUGUUUCCCAUUCAGCGGUACAUUAUUACAUCCAUCGAUACUGAACUUGCUGGUAGUAUAGAACGGUAUUCUGUCGCGGAUUGCUUUUGGAUCAAUACAUCAAUUCUGACUUUGGACUAUUACUGAACUUAGACUCGUGCUCUAUAUCAGCUAGUGAUAGUGACUAACAAUGGCUCACUUUGCUGACCAUGAAUGUGAAGGGAACGGAUGCGAUUCAAAGACCAAUGUCUCAUUCUGCGUGAAGGAAAAUCAGAUGCUGUGCUCCAUAUGCGCCGAGAAGAAACGACAUUCAAUCAUCAGCAACGGCGAUGGCUGCGAAGGGAAAUGGCUGUGCAAGGAACACGAAUCAAGAAUUAAAUAUUUCUGCCAGACCCACCAGAAAAUAGCGUGUCAGUCCUGUGCUACCAUUGAACAUCAGAUUCCUUGCAAGCUAAUCGAUAUAAACAGCCUACUGAGAGAGGAACGAGAGCGCUUCUCAGGUUUCCUGCCAAAGUUGGAGCUGUCGAAAGAGAAGGUUGAUCAAUAUCGGAAGACUGUCGACUCCCAUUCGGUUUACGCCGCCUCUCUCCUCAGGGGCAUCCAGAAAUAUGUCCUUGAAGCAUUUGCAGAAGAGACACAAAGGGUCGAAGAGGAAAGACUGAAAAUGGACAAUAUAGCAAGAGAAGAAUUAGAGAAGCAGAUUCAAGAGUUGCAGGAUCAGCUUCAAAAGCGUCUGCAGCAAAAUGAGAAGGAGGCCACCGCGAAAUAUUUGUCGAUUAAAGUUGAGGCAGACGCACUCCUUUCGAAAUUAAAGCAGUCCAUAAAAGAAGUGUCGAUCAUUCCAAAACGAAUGCAAGAAAUGGCAAGGAGUAGGUCUAAAAGUAUUUUAGAAUUCAGGGAGAGGAUUGAGAUGAUGCUUUUGAAUGAUCCUCUACUGUUGGCGCAACGCCACCUGGCGAGUGUCAUCGAAGAUCACAUGAUGGAUAACCUUGAUUGCAGCGUUUUAGAAGAGCUGGAUCAGAUUGUUGAAAGGAUCUCAUUCACACGAGAAGGUGGUAGCAGGGUUGGGGAGCUCAUCGGAACAGAGGGCUCUUGGAAGCUUGCUGGAACCAUUGACCUCCAGAGUGAAAUUAGACUUCCUUUGCUAGCAGGAAGUGCAGACGACAAGGAAGUUGUGAUAUCUGAUGUCAUGAAUAGGACAUUACACGUGGUUAACCUCAAGACCAAGAAAGUGACGCCAGUGAUGCAAUCGAGUAAUCUUGGAUGCGUUUCCGACUGUGCAACUCUUGACGAGAGUACCUUGGUGUGUGGAAACUUCUUCAGCGGUUCCGUCUGCUUCUUUAACAAAUUCUGGAGACAUCGGCGUGAGGUUCGCCUACAGAAUCAGCCAGCGACAUCGGGAGAACCUGUAUACCUGGACAUCGAGCCGAACGGUCAAGUCCUUGCAAUUCUUUAUGGCCAACCGGUCAUCUUUGUCGUCAAUGACUCAGAAGGUAUCGUAAGAACUAUCACACUCGCCCACUGUAAGACAGUCCUUGACGUCCAUGCCUUGGUCUCAGGAGAUAUCCUUGUGCAGUCUGGUAUCAACAGAUUCACUAUUUUUGACGUGAAGUUUGAAGAGAAGAAAGUGAUACAGCGCGCUCACUGGGAAACAGCGAGCUGUUCCGUUGACAAGGCAACCAACCUUCUCUACAUCACAUUCAAGGAAGUGGGCAAGGAGUCCUAUGCCAUCGACAUCUUGUCUCCAGAAGGUGAGGUGUUCUCGGAGAGGUGUAUCGAGUUCCCUGCUUCCCAUCUCAUGGACAGUACUCCUCGUUGCAAAUGCUUGAAGAACGGCAAACUCGUCCUCUGCAAUGGAGGCCAACUUUCCAUGUACAAGAAGGUCCUUGGAGUGAAAGACAUCCGGGUCCUAGACAGACUGUCAGCUAAUUCUCCUGUCGCGGAGAAGUUCAUCAUACUCGAUGACACGGAGAGUAUCACAUCUGAUAUAUAUGUGUGACUGUCUUAACUGAUCAUGGCCAAAGGAAUUUCAAGUGGGGGGGGGGGGGGCAACGACGGGUAU